ACGCUGGGCUUCCCACCGGAAGUGUCCCCCCCUAAGGCGCUUCUCUCUGUGUCUAGCUAUAGCUAGCGUAAGAGCUGCUACUACUAGCGUCGGUUUCUAGCUUUGCUCGAUCCGCCAUAUUUUCCACUAGGAGACCCCGAGAGGUCAUUUCAGUAUUCAGAAAGCGUCGAGGAAUGACAUUUUGGAGUGCUGUGCCUCCUGAAUAAAAUGCUGGAUGUCCUCUUAUAGCAGUUCCAACCAGCUUAUGCUCCUCCAUAAAGCAACCACAUCUGCUUUCAUCAGCCCCACCUCUCAUCUAUUGCUUGGAGGAAACCUCCAAGGUGGUUUUGGGAAUAUCCAGAGAAGAAUAUGUCUGGUCCUGUCUCAAGCCGCUCUCGAGUUUACCCUGAUGUAAACACACAGAGACCCAGAGAGUACUGGGAUUAUGAGUCCCAUGUGGUAGAGUGGGGAAAUCAGGAUGAUUACCAGCUUGUGCGAAAGCUGGGUCGAGGAAAGUACAGUGAAGUAUUUGAAGCCAUAAACAUCACAAACAAUGAGAAAGUCGUGGUGAAAAUACUGAAGCCUGUGAAAAAGAAGAAAAUCAAGCGAGAAAUAAAAAUCCUGGAGAACCUGAGAGGAGGCCCCAAUAUCAUAAAUCUUUUAGACAUUGUCAAGGAUCCCGUGUCUCGGACACCAGCCCUGGUUUUUGAGCAUGUAAACAACACAGAUUUCAAGCAAUUGUAUCAAACAUUAUCGGAUUAUGACAUUCGCUUUUACAUGUAUGAAAUUCUAAAGGCUCUAGACUACUGUCACAGCAUGGGAAUUAUGCACAGGGAUGUCAAACCACACAAUGUCAUGAUUGACCACGAGCACAGAAAGCUUCGUCUGAUUGACUGGGGCUUGGCUGAAUUUUACCAUCCAAACCAGGAGUACAAUGUGCGAGUUGCUUCCAGGUACUUCAAGGGUCCUGAGCUACUUGUUGACUAUCAGAUGUAUGACUACAGUUUGGACAUGUGGAGUUUGGGCUGCAUGCUGGCCAGUAUGAUCUUCAGAAAAGAACCAUUUUUCCAUGGACAUGACAACUAUGACCAGCUUGUACGGAUUGCAAAAGUCCUAGGCACAGAAGACCUGUAUGAUUACAUCGACAAAUACAACAUUGAACUGGACCCACGCUUUAAUGACAUUUUGGGAAGGCAUUCGCGUAAACGAUGGGAGCGUUUUGUGCAUAGUGAGAACCAGCACCUUGUGAGCACUGAGGCUCUGGACUUCCUGGACAAGCUGCUGCGUUAUGACCACCAGGCUCGCCUGACUGCGCGUGAGGCCAUGGAUCACCCCUACUUCUACCCCAUUGUGAAGGACCAGGGUAGAGGAGCUACGGCUACUGGAAUGGCUGCUAGCUCCACUCCAGUCAGCUCCUCUAGCAUGAUGGCAGGCAUCACCUCAAUGCCAGCCAGCACACAGCCCAUAGGCAGCAUUGCAGCUGGCUCUCCUGUCAUCUCUGCUCCCAACACGCUGGCUACACAAGUACCUGCCGCCACGGGAGCCCAACCUUAAAGCUAUAUCUCUCUCUCUCUCUUUCUCUCUCUCUCUCUCUCUCUCUCUCUCUCCCUCCUUCUCCCUCCCUUCUAUCCUCUAUUUGUUCUAUUGGCAGUGUGGACAGUGACAGCCAUUGACUUUUUGUUGUUAUUAUGUUAAAAAGUAACAGAACUAAUACAGUUACCCUUUUUCCUCUCCUCUUCAGUUCUGUUCUGUAGGGAUAUGGACUCACAUUGUUUUAGCGCCUGCCAGUGAAAGCUAAGAUAGGCAUGCAGGUGCAUUUUCUCUCUUCUCACCGUGGCUGUCUUGACAAAUACAUAUGUAGAACUGAAGAAGGAAAAUAAAAUUUAUUUUAUAUGUC